AUGUUCAGGAGCGUCUACCAGCUGCGAUGUGUGGAGGCCAGCAAUAUGGCGAGGGGUUCAGGGCGUCGAAAUGUUAUGGGCGACCUUAUUCGCAUAUCAAGACGUGCUGGUGUCGUCUCUGUUUGGGGGACUGGUGAUAACAAAUCAACUCUCGUCAAAGAAUUUCGGGAUGACUACCGUAAAAGAGAAUGUAUAAUUGACGGAUGGGUCGAUGUGGCACAUCCAUUCAUUUUGAAGGACUUCUACAAGGCUUGUUGCAGUCGAUCCAUACGGAUGGCUUCUGACUACAAUGGAUAUGGAGAUUACGAGAAGGUUUCUCGGAAUAUCUUUCUGUCCAACAGGGCGAAAUAUAAUAUAAUGAGCCCGAUGUCUCAAAACAAGGUGUCUGCUAAGAUCGUAGAUAGUACUGGGGUCACCUCGCCUACUACGGAGGCCAAAAUAGUAGUCAUCACAGCUGAAGAACGCAUCGCCAAACAUUGUGUCAAGCAGCAAGUAGAUCAAAUGGUUAAUGUCAAAUGUGCAGAAGAUCACGAGGCCUGUGAGAUCUUCGAAAAGCUUAUUGAUCCUAACGGCACGGAGCUGGCUAGUCGAAUGGGAAAGGUGGACCUUGUAAAACUUGUGGCCAAAUGCGGUGGGCUUCUGAAAGUAGUGGCUGCCAUAGGCAAAGUCUCGUGGGCAUUCUUGGAGCAUAUGAAUGACGACUUUAUGUUCAAAUUGGAGACUGAUCCUCAAUUCCAUAGUUUGAGUGGUCUUUUAUCUUGGAUGCAUUCCUACUUUGAUGCUUGUCCAGAUUCGGUAAAGCCAUGUAUCUUCUACCUUUCUGUCUUCCCUGCAAGCAGCAAAAUUAGGCGAGGCUAUUUACUGAGAAGAUGGAUCGCUGAGGGCUACUGCAGGGACACACCUGGUUGUACCGCAAAGGAGAAUGCACAAAAGCGUUUGUCUGAGCUCGUUGAAUUGAGCAUAAUCCAGCAAGGAACAAGACAGAGCAAUUGUUUGUCUGAGCUCGUUCAAUGGAGCAUAACCCAGCAAGCAACAAGCAAGAACAAUUUUAAAGUCAAUGGUUUCUUCCUUGAAUACAUCAUCUCGCGGCCAAUGGAGGAUAAUCUUGUUUUUGCAUUAGAUGGACGUUGCAGUCCAAACACGCAACGCACAGGACAACAUCUGACCAUAAUGGCAGACUGGCACAGGGACCAAAAUGUGUUUGAGAGCAUCGACUUCGCACGGCUGCGGUCUUUGACGGUGUUUGGCACAUGGUGUUCAUUCUUUAUCUCCGACAAGAUGAAGCGACUUCGAGUGCUGGACCUAGAAGACAUGAUAGCUGUAACAAAUGAUGACCUUGAGCAGAUAUUUCUGAAGCUGUUGAGCCUCAAGUUCAUCUCCCUACGAGGAUGCAGGAAGAUUAGUCGUCUGCCUGAUACAUUGGAAGGGCUAAGGCAGCUACAGACUCUGGAUGUAAGAUUCACCUCCAUAGUCAUGUUGCCAUCUGCUAUCAUCAAGCUUCAUAAGCUGCAAUACAUCCGUGCUGGUACAGAUCAAGAUUGGACAUCAGCAUCAACAUCAUCAGAGUUUGAAGGCCGUGAUAGCAGCAUAUCUGCAGGGCAGCCAACAGUACCAGCAUCUCCCGAAAACCCAGCACAGGCAGCUAGAUCACCAGAAGCCUCGCACAGGUCAAUGGUACCAAAGGUGGGAUGGGCAUCCAAACUUUCACGUACCUGGAGCUCGUGUGCCCCACAUCAUAAUGGUGGUGUUAAGGUUCCUGUGGGGAUUGAAAAACUUGCAGCCUUGCAUGCUGUUGGUGUGGUGAAUGUCAGUGCAGCAGGUGGGGAGGCCUUUCUGAAGCAGCUGGCAAGACUGACCCAAUUGCUCAAGCUCAGAGUGUGCGGCAUCAAUAAAAAAAACUGGGAGCUGCUGUGUUCUGCCCUCUCGGAUCAUGGCCGUCUCGAAUCCUUGUCAGUGCGAUUCGACGAGGAUUGCCUCGGCGAUAGCUUCAAGCCACCCAUGACCCUGAAGAGCCUUAAGUUGUACGGGCCUAUGAGCAGAUUGCCAGACACUAUCAAGGCUCUUGUCAAUCUCAAAAAGUUGGAUCUUGAGAUGACUAUUACAGGGCCAGAUGACGUGCACUUCUUCUUGAAAGAAAAAUUGCCAUGUAUGAUUAUCCUUAAUCGUCUCUGCAUCAACGUGCAAGGAGACCAGAAGGUAGAUUUAGCCUCUAGGGCAUUCCCGUGCUUCGAGUUCAACUGGGAUGAUCCUUGUAAACCUCGGGUCCUCAAGAUGGAUUGCAGCUCCAAGUUAGAGGUAAUUUUCCGUUAUGGAGGCAUAUUUGAAUAUGUUGAGGUGCUGAUAAUCCAGUGCUCUAAAGGAUCAUCUUUCCGGGUUUCUGGGGACGUUGGGCUAAGUGGUAUGGACGGUCUCAAGACAGUCUGGCUUAAGGGUUCCUACAGCGAGGAACUACGGCAGCAGCUGAAGGAACUUGUUGACGAUCAUAGUAGGAAGCCAGUCUUGAAGCUGGAGCCACUGCAAUAG